AGAGGAGGCUUGCUUACGUACUUCCGUACAUGUGAUGAACUGUCAUGGAGGUCUACAUGCGCAUAUGUAAACCGUAACGGUGGGGACAGGUCCGCACUGUACAAUUCUUCGGGUUUCGUGUCGUUGCUCUGUAAAUAUGAGGUAUUUGCUCCGACUGAGCCGCUCUUUUGCUCGUCUCCAUGUCCGUCUGUGUCACGAGAGUGUUUACAGAAGACAUGCAAACCAACGAAGUGUGGGAGUGGACCUUGGAGAGAAGAAACUUGAAAUCUCCUCAGGGAAGUUUGCCAGAUUUGCUGAUGGAUCUGCUGUCGUACAGCUGGGAGAUACCUCUGUGAUGGUGACCGCUGUGAGCAAAACCAAACCCUCACCGUCUCAGUUCAUGCCACUCGUGGUGGACUACAAACAGAAAGCAGCGGCAGCGGGUCGCAUCCCCACCAACUAUCUGAGGCGAGAGCUGGGAACCACAGACAAUGAGAUCCUCACCAGCAGACUCAUUGGUGAGCCGAUAGCUGAGAUCCUUUGUAACCUGCUUGCAGUUGAUGGUGUCAAUGAUCCAGAUGUGCUGGCUAUUAAUGCAGGUGUGGUGACAUCUCAGACCCGCAUAUUUUCCACAGAACUCAUUAUUUUUCUCUCUGAAUACUUGGCUGAUGGACUUUUAUAUUUUGUUAAAGCCUCUGCUGCCCUGGCCCUGUCCGACAUUCCCUGGAAUGGACCCAUUGGUGCUGUGCGAGUGGGCAUGGUUAAUGGGGAGCUACUGGUCAACCCCACAAGGACAGAGAUGACCUCUAGCAGUUUGAACCUGAUCGUGGCCGGAGCUCCCAGCAGCCAAGUGGUGAUGAUCGAGGCCUCGGCGGAGAACAUACUGCAGCAGGAUUUCUGCCAUGCGGUGAAGGUGGGAGUGAAACACACCCAGCAAAUCAUCCUGGCCAUCCAGCAGCUGGCGCGGGAGCAGAAGAUUACCAAGCGGACGCCGGGCAGGAUAUUCUCCGCCCCGGCUAACAUGGUGCAACAUGUUCGGAAAUUUGCCUCUGAGAGGAUUUAUGCUGUUUUCACAGAUUUCACCCAUGAUAAGAUUUCAAGAGAUGAAUCAAUUAACAAAAUCCGACUUGAAACUGAGGAGGACCUAAAAGAGAAAUUCCCUCAGGCUGAACCCUUUGAAGUAAUCGAGUCCUUUAACACUGUGAGCAAAGAAGUCUUCCGUAAUUUAGUGCUCAAUGAGUACAGGAGGUGUGAUGGAAGGGAGCUGACUGCUUUAAGGAACAUAUCCUGCGGCGUCGACCUCUUUAGGCCGCUCCAUGGCUCAGCCCUGUUCCAGAGAGGACAAACACAGGUUCUGUGCAGUGUCACCUUUGAUUCUCUGGAGUCCAGCGUCAAAACAGACAUCAUCACCACAGCUUUGAGUGGCAUCAAAGACAAAAACUUCAUGCUUCAUUAUGAAUUCCCUCCAUAUGCAACCAAUGAGACUGGAAAGAUCGGAGGCCUCAACAGGAGAGAGUUGGGACACGGGGCUCUGGCUGAGAAGUCUCUGAGGCCAGUUGUUCCAAAAGACUUCCCUUUUACAAUCAGGGUAACAGCUGAGGUGCUGGAGUCAAACGGAUCCUCCUCCAUGGCUUCAGCCUGUGCAGGAAGCCUUGCUCUUAUGGAUGCAGGUGUGCCGAUCUCCUCAGCCGUGGCAGGUGUCGCUGUCGGCCUCAUCUCAAAGGCUAACCCAGAGAAACCUGCUGACAUAGAAGACUACAGAUUACUAACAGAUAUUCUGGGAAUAGAGGAUUAUCUCGGAGACAUGGACUUCAAGCUGGCAGGAACAAACAAAGGCAUCACUGCUUUGCAGGCUGAUGUUAAGAUCCCAGGUUUACCUCUGAAAGUGGUUAUGGAGGCUAUCCAGCAAGCCACAGUGGCAAAGAAGGAAAUCUUGGGCAUCAUGAACAAAUGCAUAGCAAAACCCAGAGAGGGCAGGAAAGAAAACGGGCCUGUUGUUGAAAACGUGCGGGUACCCGUGUCCAGAAGAGCUCGCUUUGUUGGGCCAGGAGGAUAUAACCUCCGUAAACUCCAAGCUCAGACAGGUGUGACGAUCAGUCAGGUGGACGAGGAGACCUUUUCUGUGUUCGCUCCGACUCCAGGAGCCAUGAAUGAGGCUCAACAGUUCAUCAGCGAGGUCUGCAAAGAUGAUCAAGAACAGCAGCUGGAAUUUGGUGCUAUCUACACUGCCACCAUCACAGAAAUAAGGGACAUUGGUGUGAUGGUGAAGCUUUAUCCAAACAUGAGCGCUGUCCUGCUACACAACUCACAGCUGGACCACAAACGGAUCAAGCAUCCCAGUGCUUUGGGUUUAGAGGUGGGCCAGGAGAUACAGGUGAAGUACUUUGGACGAGAUCCAACAGAUGGCAGAAUGAGGCUUUCGCGGAAAGUGCUGCAGUCACCUGCUGCAACAGUUGUAAAGACACUAAGUGACAAACAGAGCAUUUCCAUGGGUUCAAACGGCAGUCCCAAAACUGGCACUGAUACCUCAGCAGCAGGAUAACUUCUGACUUACAUGCCAAAGUGGAUUUGGGAAAUCCAUCGGAACUAGGAGUAUAAAAUGCAUUCAUAUGCUAAAAGAUUUUGUGAACAAAGGACACCGAGGAUAAAGGCACAGCCAGAUGAAGAAAGACGCUGACGUUGUGCAUCAGAGUGUGCAGGAACUGAGAGUCCAACUAUAUUGAUUAUAAAAAUAGCAACAAAUUCAAGUUUGAUUUUACAUGUUGUGUUUUCUACCUGGUUAAACCAUUCAACAGAUCAUCACAGCAAAACAUUGCCCCUCUUAUUCACACUUAACAAUUGUCGUACUUCUGCUUUGGCAAUUCCAUAUUGUAAUGGACUGUUGCAGUGAGGCUGAUAUGUUAUGAUCAAGGUACGGACAAAGUAAAUAGGGGGGUGCACACUGCAUGUGUUACAUGCUUGCCUUCUUUUUUGGUGGUAUUUAUAGUCUUUGUUAGUCAUUUUUAAAUAAAACAAAAAAAUACGAUC